ACGAUGUGUAGGCGGGGCCUUCAGAGCUAGCUGUGAACUUCUCCCGCGAGGAACUUCUCGAGAAGUGGCGGGAGCGGCGGCUAUGGAAGCACAGGAAGAGAAAGAGGCGCAGGUUGCUGCGUGGUUGAAAAAAAUACAUGGAGAUCACCCCAUUCCACAAUAUGAGGUGAAUGCUCGGACCACGGAGAUUUUACAUCACCUUUCAGAACGCAACAGGGUUCGGGACAGGGAUGUCUACUUGGUAAUAGAGGACUUGAAACAGAAAGCAAGUGAAUAUGAAUCAGAAGCCAAGCAUCUUCAGAGCCUUCUCAUGGAGAGUGUGAAUUUUUCCCCUGCCAAUCUUUCAAGCACUGGUUCUAGGUACCUGAAUGCUUUGGUUGACAGUGCAGUGGCCCUUGAAACAAAGGAUACUUCACUAGCUAGUUUUAUCCCUGCAGUGAAUGAUUUGACCUCUGAUCUUUUCCGUACCAAAUCUAAAAAUGAAGAAAUCAAGCUUGAAUUGGCAAAACUUGAAAAAAACCUAACUGCAACUUUAGUGUUAGAAAAAUGUCUACAAGAGGAUCUGAAGAAGGCCGAGUUGCAUCUGACUACAGAAAGGGCCAAAGUUGACAGUCGUCUUCGGAACAUGGACUUCCUGAAAGCAAAGUCAGAAGAGUUCAGAUUUGGAAUCAGAACUGCAGAGGAGCAACUUUCAGCCAGAGGCAUGGAUGCGUCUCUGUCUCAUCAGUCCCUAGUGGCACUUUCAGAGAAAUUGGCAGAACUAAAACGACAGACUAUACCUUUGAAGAAAAAAUUGGAGUCCUAUUUAGAUUUAAUGCCGAACCCAUCCCUUGCUCAGGUGAAAAUUGAAGAAGCAAAACGGGAAUUAGAUACCAUUGAAGCUGAACUUACAAAGAAAGUAGACAUGAUGGAACUGUGACCAGAGUCAAGUAAGCUUCGUCUUCCCUAACAGAGUACAUUGAGUAGGACUUGAAAGAAUUGUUUUCUCUUGGCCUUCCUUAAUAACUUAACUCCUGUGUUCUUAGAUGAGAUAAUAAUGUCACUGUUGUUAAACAGUGGUUUCUGGUUAUAUAUUGUAUUUCUGUGCCCAAAUACAUAGUUUUCAUAUUAAAAAGCAUUGUGGGUUCUCUA